AUGAUCUACAAUGAUUUAAUCAGAAGCUCACACUCCUCGAGAAAUGACGUCAACGAUAAUGGGAAACGUGGACCAGGCUCGACUUCGAGCACUAUCGAAGACUCUGCUGAACUUCCCGCUCAGCUCGCUCAAAAUACUUUGUUCGCUACUAUUCCCACAUUUGCAACCAUCGCCGUUCCGACUUAUUCCUUAUCUGCAAUUGUACCGCCUACUUCGAGCGGCAAUGAGGAUAAUAUCGUAGAUAUCGAGUCUAUGAGUUUUCAAUUUGUUAAUAUACUUGGUAAAUACGGUGAAGGUACUUAUUUAGAGAAUGAUAUCGACCUCGAAGGCGAUGCAUCGCUCAUCAGCCAAGCGUUGAAAAGUGCAUUUGAGACCGCCUCUAUCUUGAGGAACUAUCAAAAUGGAGAGGAAGGAAAAAAAUAUCGAAAGAGUGAUUUGGAGAGUAACCUAAAGAGGAUGACUGUCACAUCGUAUCAUGGUGAAUUGACUAAACCAAGCGAUUUAUUGUUAUACACCGGCGUGAAAGAAACUUCCACCGAAAAUGGGGACGAAGAUAAGGGCUAUAAGAGAAGAUGGAAUGAGCUAGCAACUUCGUCAGCUGUACUGCAAUCGAUGGAAUUUGGAGAUUUCAAGAGCAUAGUCGAUAAAAGUAGGUUAUUCAAAGCGAAUCUCAUUAGAGGAAUAAGCAGAGGCGAAUAUACCUCGAUACCUCAAUAUAAAUUAAAGGAGGACAUUGCAAAGUCCAAGGGUGUAUAA